GUCGCCAUCUUCUUCCUCACCUGCCGUCGCCUCCACCGUCCUCGGCUCUUGCAUGAUUCACCGCCAUCGGCCUCGACCAACCGCUUCCUCAACCUCCGUCGACCAUUCUUUUCCUCGUCUCGGCCCAACCACUGAUCCAGCGGAUCCGAUGUGACGGCUCCAGAUGACCAGUAGCCGCUCCCCGACGCCGCCGUCGUCGCCCGACCAGCGAUAGCUGCUGCUUAUCACGCCCAACCCGUCCUUCGCCGACCGUCAUCGGGUCUCGGCACCACGACUACACAUCUGCCGCCUCCCGACGCGAGUCUUCUCACGCCCGACCCAUAUUGACCCAAGACUCUUCCGAGGGCCGCAGCUUUGUGCUGCGGUUCUUCUAAUGUCUUGCCCCCCGGGCCAAGCCGAAAAUGCCCAUCUUCCAGGCCGAUCUCGACCACGAGCGCUGCUCUCAUCGCCCCGACCCCGAGCCCAUCGACAUCCGUCCGCUGUCUCCCAGUUUCAGGCGUCUUUCUGAGGAGAGUCUGCGCACUGAGCUUUGCGAAGGGCCCAUCCUAGACAGUCCACCGUAUCCGUCAACGCCCUCGAGGAACAGCGGCGAUGGUGCAGUCUUCGAUCGCACGGAUCUCAUUGAGCGGUUAAAGCGUGGCGAAAAUUCGGCUUGGAUUCCCAGUCGACAAUUCGAAUCCGUCGUCGGAACAUCCACCAACACCGCCCAUGUCUGCAAAAGCUCUCGCUCCUCGUCCCACUCGUCCGGGCUCCUUCCGCCUGCCCAAAUAACCCCGGAGAAGGACCGCACAACAAAGAUAUAUCCAGAUGAGCGGCUGCAAGAUGGGCUGAGUAUCGAGCGACCUCGCUCGGCACUGCACAGUGGAGACUUUACGCACGAGGAAGGACGAGACGAGGGCCAGCACAGCCGUGGCAUCACGAGACAAAAGUUCCCCCGGCCCGCGAUCCAGAGCCCGUGGGUUGCUACGUCCCCUCCACGAGACUUUUCGCCCUUCCCUUUCGACCACAGGGCUUCUCUGCAAGGCACAUCACCAUCAAUCCGGCCAACUGCGUCGCCGUUGUCAUCCUCACUGUCCUCCAGUUUUGCCUACCAGCCUCCAACCAGCCCUCUCGUUCAGUCAGAGAGCAAUGAUGAGCUCGACCUGGCCCUCGAGCGUGGUGCCGCCAAUUUGUCUGUGGGCUUCCAUAGCUCCAGACGGCACACGCUUACCUCGUCUCACUCGUCGCCUUUCGGCUCCCCUUCGCCGCGGAUAUCCAUGAACUCUUGGACCCCGCUGAGACGAGAUGGAUCCCUCCCUUACCAGGCGCAUCAGCCUCGUAGAUCCCUCAACUCAACGCCAAGCUUCCUCCACCCUGGCUCGUCACCGCAAACACCUCUGCUACGGUCGAGGCGGCCGUCUUUCAGCUCGGAUGCCUCUCCGAUCCAGCACGCAUCCAUGGUUGGUUCGUAUGAGGAAAGUAUACUUCGGGGUCGUAUGUCAACUACUCCCUCGAGGCCGUUUGACUUUCUGGCUCAAAUAGGCGUCCUGGGCAAAGGAAAGUGCAAGCCUACCUUGCGUUGUCCAGACCAUGUCACCCUGCAAUUUGCUGCUGUAUACUACAGUUACGGCAGUACCCCGCAUGGGAGGUCGCGGUCUAACGACGGGCCCAGCCCGUACGUUGGCCAGAUUGAUCUCGAGAAUGGCCUCACCAACCCCGAGGAAGAGUCCAGGUUGAGGAGAAAGGUUCAAAGCCGGUAUUCCGAAAGGAUGCCAGCAGAUGCCGAUAUCGAGAUGACUGGCUCUGGCCCCGAAGUGGAUCAAAAGCGAGCAACCAAGACGAAGCGACGCUCGGGAUCACCAAAGAGGCCACCUGGCGGUAGCUACCGCAUUCCGGAAAAGGGACAAAUCCAGCUCAUCAUCAAGAACCAGAACAAGACUGCCGUGAAACUGUUUUUGGUCCCUUACGAUCUCACCGGGAUGGAGCCGGGUACCAAGACAUUUAUACGACAGCGCAGCUACUCAGCAGGCCCCAUCAUCGAUCACGUCCCUAAUCUCAGCGAAUCCGACAAUAUGAGCCGGCCUAUGCUCCGCUAUCUUGUUCAUUUGCACAUUUGCUGCCCGUCCAAGGGUCGAUAUUUCUUGUACAAAAGCAUUCGCGUCGUUUUUGCCAACUGCGUGCCCGAGGGCAAAGAGAAAUUGCGCAACGAGACGACAUGGCCGGAGCCACGCUUUACACCGUACAAGCCCAUCCGCGUUAUGCACCCUCCCGUGUCGUCAACAGGACCGGCGGCUAUGCUCGCAGCGGAGAAGGCUUUCAGGAGAAGAAGCUUGGGUAUCUCCUUUGGCGGAGCGGCGAGCCGCGUUUCGUUCGAUAUACUAGAUGGCUUGGACACCAACGUUCAUGCCGGCACCGGCACCGCGGGCGGAAACACGCUACCGAUUGAGCCCAUACCCUUCAGGCUCCCAACGCCUCAUAUGCGUGUAAGCAGCGACAUCAGCGACUCCACAGCCAUGACUGCAGCUGGCCUGCGUUCGCCUGAGUCGUCCUCGCACAGCCGGCCUUCAACAAAAGACUCGUCUGGUGCUGUCCCUUGGGGCGCUUCGCAAUACGAGAAGCUCAACAAGGGCGAUGCUGGCUACGGUGGCUACAGUUUCAACGGCAGUCCGACGGGCAGCGGUUCUCCGGUCGGCACAGAGGGUUUGUUGUCUCAGCGACUUCGUUCGCUUGGAGUGAAGACGAAGAAAGCACCGCAGGGCUCACAGGACGAUUAACGAUUCGUCUCUUGGCCUGCAUAGCCACGGAGCUUUCCCCACAGAGCAUUGUAUAUUUUUACUCGGCUUCAAUCCGCUCAUUGCAUACUUGGUAGUUUCGGUGUUCUGGUAUACAGGUCUCUCUUAAUUAGGUCGGCGGUCACACAUGACACGACGCCAGAUGCAUAUCCAUCGGUCUUUUUUGUUCUAUAUUUACCAUAGACUCGGGUUGGCGAGAAUUGACUUCUAUUACCUGGCUACAUACAAGCUUCCACGUAGCCUCCGCUAGCAGCGAGGCGCCUAGGCGCGAGCGACGUUUGGACCGACUUUUGGCUUUGUUAUUCGCAGGCAAGUGACAGGCAGUGGGGUGACUGAUACAUGUGGGAGACAUCUGCUUGACGGACGAGGGAGGGCGACUUGACUUUCUGAUAGCCUUGACAUCUAUUCGAACUUUGCAAUGACUCCUACUUCUCUUCAAUAUGAACACCUGGGAGACUUGUCUGCCACUCCCG